AUGGAGCCGUCGGCACCCGCGGGCCAGGCCCGGGCGGCAGCCGCCAAGCUGUCGGAAGCGGUGGGCGCGGCGUUGCAAGAGCCACAGCGGCAGCGGCGCCUGGUGCUGGUCAUCGUGUGCGUGGCCUUGCUGCUGGACAACAUGCUGUACAUGGUCAUCGUGCCCAUCGUGCCCGACUACAUCGCCCAUAUGCGCGGGGGCAGCGAGAGCCCCACGCCGACCUCCGAGGCAUGGGAGCCCACCCCGCCGCCGCCCACCCGGGCGAAUGCCAGCGCCUCCUGGGCCAACGCCUCGGCGUCCCCGACGGCCGCCGGGCCCGCCCGGCCGGUCCUGAGGCCCCGCUACCCCACGGAGAGCGAGGACGUGAAGAUCGGGGUACUGUUUGCCUCCAAGGCCAUCCUGCAGCUGCUGGUGAACCCCCUGAGCGGGCCCUUCAUCGACCGCAUGAGCUACGACGUGCCGCUGCUGAUCGGCCUGGGCGUCAUGUUCGCAUCCACCGUCCUGUUCGCCUUCGCCGAGGACUACGCCACGCUGUUCGCGGCGCGCAGCCUCCAGGGCCUGGGCUCGGCCUUCGCGGACACGUCCGGCAUCGCCAUGAUCGCCGACAAGUACCCCGAGGAGCCGGAGCGCAGCCGCGCUCUGGGCGUGGCGCUGGCCUUCAUCAGCUUCGGAAGUCUGGUGGCGCCUCCCUUCGGGGGCAUCCUCUACGAGUUCGCGGGCAAGCGCGUGCCCUUCCUGGUGCUGGCCGCCGUGUCCCUCUUGGACGCGCUGCUGCUGUUGGCGGUGGCCAGGCCCUUCUCGGCCGCCGCGCGCGCCCGGGCCAACCUGCCUGUGGGCACGCCCAUCCACCGCCUCAUGCUGGACCCGUACAUCGCGGUGGUCGCCGGAGCGCUGACCACCUGCAACAUUCCCCUCGCCUUCCUGGAGCCCACGAUCGCCACGUGGAUGAAGCACACGAUGGCGGCGUCCGAAUGGGAGAUGGGCAUGGUCUGGCUGCCGGCCUUCGUGCCGCACGUGCUGGGUGUCUACCUCACCGUGCGCCUGGCGGCACGGUACCCGCACCUGCAGUGGCUGUACGGGGCGCUCGGCCUGGUGGUGAUCGGCGCCAGCUCGUGCCUCGUGCCCGCCUGCAGUUCUUUUGCCCCGCUCGUCGUCUCCCUCUGCGGCCUCUGCUUUGGCAUCGCGCUGGUCGAUACCGCGCUGCUACCCACGCUCGCCUUCCUGGUGGACGUGCGCCACGUCUCGGUCUAUGGCAGCGUCUACGCCAUCGCUGACAUCUCCUAUUCCGUAGCCUACGCGCUCGGGCCCAUAGUGGCGGGCCAUAUUGUGCACUCGCUUGGCUUUGAGCAGCUCAGCCUUGGCAUGGGCUUGGCCAACCUGCUCUAUGCGCCGGUCCUGCUGCUCCUGCGCAACGUGGGCCUCCUGACGCGCUCUCGCUCCGAGCGGGACGUGCUGCUGGACGAGCCGCCGCAGGGUCUCUACGACGCGGUGCGCCUGCGCGAGCGGUCCACGCCAGGCCCCGACGGCGACGCUGGCAGCCCGCCCGGCCCUUUUGAUGGGUGCGAGGAAGACUACAACUACUACUACACCCGCAGUUAG